ACAGACGUUUUUAAGUACUGUUGUUCCGGUGGAGCUCCACAUCCUGCCUUUGAGUUAUAAGCCGUUGUUGCUGAGCUGGAGGAAAGCUGAUUUCAGGGUGAACUCCAGAAACAAAAUAAAACAAAAAAUGUCAGCAGAAAAGAUGGAUCCAAGAUCAGGUGUGUCAAAUGGAUCAGGGCCAGUGUAUGAGAAAGAAGAAAACAACCUCAGUCCAGAAGAUCUGUCUGAGAUGCUGGCUGCAGGAACCAAGGAGGUUCAUGAAAAAGCAGAGAACACGCAGUUCGUGAAAGAUUUCCUCAGGGGACGGGUCCGCAAAGAGCUUUUCAAGCUUGGUGCCGUUGCACUUUACCACACAUAUACCGCCAUGGAGGAGGAGAUUGAGAGGAAUAAGGACCACCCCCACUUUGCCCCCCUGUAUUUUCCUGCAGAGCUGCACCGCCAUGAAGCCCUAGCACGCGACAUUGAGUACUUCUAUGGUCCAGAAUGGAAGAGCAAGAUCACCUGCUCAGAGGCCACACAGCGCUAUGUGGACCACAUCCACCAGGUAGGGCAGGAGGACCCGGUGCUGUUGGUGGCACAUGCCUACACUCGCUACAUGGGUGACCUGUCAGGGGGCCAGGUGCUGAGAAAGGUGGCCCAGAGAGCUUUGAAGCUGCCACCCACAAGGGAGGGCCUGGAGUUCUACCAGUUUGACGCGAUCCACAGCGCAAAAGCAUUCAAGCAGCUGUACCGAAGCCGCAUGAAUGAGCUGGACCUGGAGGUGGAGACAAAGAAGAAACUGGUGGAGGAGGCUGUCAAAGCUUUUCAUUUCAAUAUGGAGGUGUUUGAGGAGUUGGAAGAAAUUGGCAAAACAAUUCAGGAGGAUGUUUUAGAUGCUGGUAUGUCUGCUCAUGGAGAAAUGGGUGGAGACAUCAGCAAAUGUCCCUACUAUACCGCCAAAAUGGCAGCGUCGGGGGGAACAGCGUAUUUUGGUCAGCGGGUCAUGGCCGCUCUCAGACACCCGACGGGACAGGUCCUGUUUGCCACUUGGUUCGCCGCCUUGGCUGGACUGGCUGCGUGGUACCUGAUGUGAUCCAGCUGUUACCCGGCUGCUGUCAGAACAGAGGCGUGUUGAAAGGAUCAACAGUGAGGAGACUGGAAAGCUUCCGCUAACUGACCAUUUUAUACAAACAUUCAAAUCAGGUCUGUGUUUUUAUGUUCAGUUUUUAGUUGUAGCAUUUCAGCUGUGUGAUCUGAAGAACCAUUAGGACACCAAUUCCCUCCACAAAGCACACAUUUAAAAAAAAUAAAAA